CUAGAGUCGGUGACGAACGCCGCCCGUUUCCCCUUAGAUUCCGUUUCGCUUUAGGUCGUUCGCGCAUCAUUGGAAGCUGGCGCCAAUCAAUUCCCUGUCGAGGUCACUCUCCCUGGUCCCUUUAUAAUGCCUGGAUUCGCGGAUUCGUUUUGGACCCCAGACUACGCCGCAGGUCUGGGGGUGCUUUAUGGAAAACUUCAGCAGGGCGCCGUGGAGAACAAGCAGAUAAUUACUAUUGCUUCUAUGCGCGCAGAUGCGGAAGAGCAAUAUGGUCUCAAGUUGGGGGAUAUUGCGCCGACCGUUGAUCGGGUGACCGCAACGGGGUUUGGUAAGGAUGACGGGGCGAGCGUGAGAAAGGCGUAUGAAGGAGUUCGCACGGAGAUGGUUGAGGCAUCUAAAAACCACCAGAAGAUCGCGUCGAACAUCCGGGAGCUUGUCGUUUCGCCGUUCCGGCGUUGGUGCGACCAGCACGAAGCUCGAAUUCAAAAUUCCCAUGAUGAUCUCCAGGCCCGGAUCAAGGAGCACACUAAGCAGGUGGAACUGGUCAAGAAGCUACGGAGCCAUUAUUUCAACAAGUGUCGUGUGGUCGAAGAUCUGGAGGAAGAGAACAAACUCGCUUUCCAGGGUCCCGAGACGAGCCCAAAAAUCAAGCCUACUCCCAAAAUCGUGUUGCCGGAAGAGCAGGAGGAGGAGGAGCCAGUUGAGAUUGGCGAUCGAAUCUACCCUCCCGAGGACUUGAAGAAGCUCCUAACACAUAUGCUGGAUACUAUCAAGAUUGGCGAUGUCAAGGUGCCGAUUAUAGGCACUUAUCAAAACACGUCGACCGGUGCAGAUAUUGUGCACUAUACCCAGAAGCACAUGAGCGCGAAUAGCAUCACUUAUUCGGAGUCAAUCGGUCAGGAUCUUGUCGACAAUGGCUUUCUUCGCCUGGUCGGCAAUAUGGGCAGCACCUUUGCGAACAGCUCCAAGAUGCGUUACCAGUGGCGUCCCAAAGUGUUCCAGAUCACGGGAAUUCCCGAGAAAAAGAAGCCUCUCAUGCGCGUAACCUCGGCGGCAACGAGCGAGGACGGCAUCGAGUCUCCGCUAUCCUCUGUCUCUGAGAUGCUGGCCGGCUGGAACCCACUUAACAAUCCGUACCCGAACGAGACGCCGGCGGAGAAGUUGCGCAGGGAGGCUCGCGAAGCCGAUGAACGGUACAAGUCAGCGGUGCGCAAGCUUGACAUGAUCAGGUGCAAGCUUGAGGAAGAGGUUGUUGAAAACUUGCGCUUCAUGGAGCAGUGUGAACUUGAUCGACUCAAGGCGAUCAAAGCCGUGAUCCUGGAUUUCUCUGGUGCGAUCAGCAAUGUUAUUCCCAACCUGCAAAGCACGGUAGACCACAUGAUGCUAUACCAAGAGACCAUCCAGCCCCUAGGGGAUCUCAGAUAUCUCCUGGAAAACUACCGGACCGGAGGAUUCGUGCCCCGCGUGCAGGCUUAUGAGAAUUACUACGGCUCCGUGGAAGAUCAAAACUUUGGCGUUGACCUCGAGGCCAGAGCAAGAGCCGAUCGCAAGCGGGUUCCUAUCGUGGUGACCACACUCCUGACGUACCUUGACAACCGUUAUCCCGACCUUGAGGGCGACGAGGCACGACGUGCGAUAUGGCUUCAUGACGUACCUCUGGCGGCGACGCACCACCUCCGUAGCGCUCUGAACAACAGCACAGCGGAUUACAACGAAAUCCUAGAGAAAUACGAAAUCCCGAUCAUCGCGAGCGUCUUGAAAUUGUAUCUCCUUGAGUUGCCAGACUCGCUGGUUUCCUCUCAGGUUUACGAAAUCGUCAAGACAAUCUAUUCGACCACUGCUCAUGAGACCACCGAAGAGGGACGCAUCAAGGUCUUGCAAAGCACCCUUGGACAGCUCCGACUCAACAAUAUUGCCACACUUGACGCUAUUAUGACCCAUUUCACGCGCCUGAUUGACCUUACUUCUGCUGACGAAACUUACGUGUCUGCACUUGCUCAGGCACUGUCUCCUUGUAUCCUCCGCCCACGCACAGAGAGUAGUCUUACGAUGAAUGAGCGCCACAGUUACCGCCUCAUCCGCGAUCUCUUUGCUCAUAAAGACUCAAUCUUUGGCGAACUGAAGCGCCAAUCGAGUGUCCUGGGAAUCAGCGGAACCACCAACCGUCCUCGCGCCAUCAGCACCGAUGAGAGCAAUCGCCGGGCAGCAAUGGAGGCCCGGAACCGUGCCAUUCUCGACCGCAGCCGGGCCAAUAGUCCGGCUCCUCCCCAGAAGCACCGCCGCGAUCGUUCCAGCGGCGCUUCGGAAACCAGACGGUUCCCCAUCAACGUGACCAGCCCCACUGAAAGAAGAGCUAUCGCUCGCAGCAGCCUGGAUGUUCCCAUCAACAGCGAGUCUCCCACCGCGUCGGAACAUAUGACAAGCGUGAAUAUCAAUGGGCCUGAACACACCAUCAAUGGCGCCUUGAGCGAGUCCCCUGUCUCCGCUGCCGCCAGCGCAAGCCCCUCGUCAGGUAGCUCCAGCCCUCCCCCAGUGGCUGAAUCGGACGAGUCUGUGACCCCAACCACGACUCCUACCCAGGAAAUUGAGAAGCGCUCGUCGAUCUCCCGGUCCAGCGUCUCUUAUACUCGCAAGCCUGGCCUCGGCAACCGGUCUAGCUUCCCUACCGUCGCAAGCACGGAGAGUGGAACGGACAGCAAGCGAAGCAGCCUUGCCGAGACCGAGCCGAAAGGUGUCACAUUGGAAGACAAGCCAAUGGACGAUGACUAGAUGUAUA